AGGCGACCGAGGAGGGGCGGCAGCAGCGGCAGCAGCAGCAGCGGCGGAGGCGGAGGCGGCGGCCCUAGGAGCGGGGAGGCGCCUGCGGGGCCCGCGCACGAUGUUCGGGCGGUCGCGCAGCUGGGGCGGCGGCGGCGGCGGCGGCGGGAAGGCCUCGCGCAACAUCCACUCGCUCGAGCACCUCAAGUAUAUGUAUCAUGUUUUGACCAAAAAUACCACUGUGACUGACCACAACCGCAACCUAUUGGUGGAAACCAUUCGAUCGAUAACCGAGAUCCUGAUAUGGGGAGAUCAGAAUGACAGUUCAGUGUUUGACUUUUUCUUGGAGAAAAACAUGUUUGUGUUCUUUCUGAACAUUCUGCGCCAGAAGUCGGGCCGAUACGUCUGUGUGCAGCUUCUGCAGACUUUAAAUAUCCUCUUUGAGAACAUCAGUCACGAAACGUCCCUUUACUAUUUACUGUCCAACAACUACGUGAACUCUAUCAUUGUGCACAAAUUUGACUUCUCGGAUGAAGAAAUCAUGGCCUACUAUAUUUCAUUCUUAAAAACACUUUCUCUGAAACUCAACAAUCACACUGUCCACUUUUUUUACAAUGAGCAUACCAACGAUUUUGCCUUGUACACGGAGGCCAUCAAAUUCUUCAACCACCCAGAGAGCAUGGUCAGGAUUGCAGUGAGAACCAUCACGUUAAACGUCUACAAGGUGUCAUUGGACAACCAGCCGAUGCUGCACUACAUUCGAGACAAGACGGCCGUCCCUUACUUCUCCAACCUUGUCUGGUUCAUCGGCAGCCACGUGAUCGAGCUGGACAACUGCGUCCAAACAGACGAGGAGCACAGAAAUCGGGGCAAACUGAGUGACCUGGUAGCCGAGCACCUGGAUCACCUCCAUUACCUGAACGACAUCCUGAUUAUCAACUGUGAAUUCUUAAACGAUGUCUUGACGGACCACUUGCUGAACAGCCUCUUCCUGCCUCUCUACGUCUAUUCCUUCGUCAACCAGGAGAAGACUGCAGAACAGCCAAGGAUAAGCCUCCAGGUUUCUCUCUAUCUGUUGUCACAAGUUUUCUUAAUCAUCCAUUACGCCCCCCUGGUGAAUUCAUUGGCCGAAGUCAUUCUGAACGGAGACCUCGCGGUGUUUUCCUCAAAAGUGGAGCAAGACGUCCAGAAAAGCUCUGCCAAGGCGGGCAUCAGGUGCUUCAUUAAACCUUCCGAGACCUUGGAGCGCUCGCUAGAAAUUAAUAAGCAGAAGGGAAGGAAGAGGCUGCAGAAGAGGCCCAACUAUAAAAACGUUGGGGAGGAUGAGGAGGAGGAGAGGGGCCCGGAAGACACCCUGGAAGGCACCGAGAGCCCCUCCAAGGGCCUCAAGCCCAAUGGGGAGAAUGAAGAAAUUGAGAUGGUCAUCAUGGAGCGUUGCAAACUCCUUUCUGCCACAGAGCAAAACAUAACAGAUGAGGAGAAGAGUGCAGCUGCCUCCGAAAUGUGCAGCUGGAACAGGCCGUUUCUGGAUAUGGCGUAUAAUGCCCUGGAGUGUGCCGACUUUGACUACUAUGCUCUUUUUGUGUUGUGUCUUCUGUACGCCAUGUCUCACAACAAAGGAAUCAAGCCCAUCACCCUGGAGAGGAUUCAGCUCUGGGCACAGGACGCCGAGGAGAAGAACUCCUACAACCCCGGCCUUGCGGAGAGGCUCAUCAGGAUCAUGAGCUACGCUGCUCAGCCAGAUGGCAAAAUCCGUCUGGCCACCCUGGAGCUCGGCUGCCUCCUGUUGAAGCAGCUGGUGUUCAACAAACACGGCAGCAUUAUCAAAGAUGUGCACCUUGCUUGUUUGGAAGGGGCAAGAGAAGAAAGCGUCCACCUGGUGCGGCGUUUUUACAAGGGAGAAGAAAUUUUUCUGGAUAUGUUUGAAGAUGAAUAUAGAACUAUGACCCUGAAGCCCAUGAAUGUGGAGUACUUGAUGAUGGAUGCUUCCAUUCUGCUGCCGCCCACGGGAACCCCCCUCACGGGCAUCGACUUCGUUAAGAGGCUCCCCUGUGGCGACGUGGAGAGAACCAGGCGGGCCAUCCGAGUGUUCUUCAUGCUGCGUUCUCUGUCCCUGCACCUCCAGGAUGAGCCAGAGACUCAGUUGCCUCUGACGAGGGAGGAAGACUUAAUUAAGACAGACGAUGUCCUUGAUCUGAAUAACAGUGAUCUGAUUGCCUGCACCGUCAUCACCAAGGACAGCGGUCAGGUCCAGAGGUUUCUGGCGGUGGAUAUUUACCAGAUGAGUUUGGUGGAGCCAGAUGUUGGGCGCUUAGGCUGGGGAGUCGUUAAAUUUGCCGGCCUUCUCCAGGACAUGCAGGUGACAGGAGUGGAAGAUGACAGCCGGGCCUUGAAUAUCGUCAUACACAAGCCGGCUUCCAGCCCGCAUUCCAAGCCCUUUCCCAUCCUUCAGGCCACCUUCGUCUUUUCGGAUCACAUACGCUGCAUCAUUGCCAAGCAGCGCCUGGCCAAGGGAAGGAUCCAGGCUCGGCGGAUGAAAAUGCAAAGAAUCGCAGCACUUCUGGACCUGCCCAUCCAGCCAGCCAAUGAAGUGAUGGGCUUUGGACACAGCUCAGCUGCCACAUCACACCUGCCAUUCCGGUUUUAUGAGCAAGCCCGGCGGAGCAGCUGCGACCCAACUGUGCAGCGUUCGGUGUUUGCCUCGGUCGACAAAGUUCCAGGAGCGCAGAGGAAGAGACUCCUCCUCAGAAGGGACCCCGCUCCUCCUCGCUGCUGCCGCCGCCGCCACCACUUCCAGUUCCUUUGCUUGAGGAAGCGCUAGGCGAGAGAAGCUGGCUGCCGAAUGGGAAGAAAGAGGCUCACGUGGACUGGGGGGAAAGGACGCACGGAAGCGUGGAACACUAAAAACAGCCCAGAUUCUGCACCAGCCUGGCCGUCAGUGGUGGGGAGGGGAGGGAGGGGACCCAACGUGUGGUUUGAGUGGCCCAGCCGUCCCAGGGCAGAGGGAGGUCUGGGGAGGCUGUGGAGAGGGGUUGCGUCCAUCCGUCCAGCUGGCCUAGAGCAGGAGUGGCAGGGGGCAAAGGCCGAAGGUGACGCUCCGAGGCCUCUGUCCUUUGACCCUUUCAAAAGGGCCCUUUUUCUUCUCCCAGUUCUGCUUUCGAAGCCACCUUAGCUGGAAGGCUGACUCCACCUCACGUCAGCCAAGUUUACGGCCCUGUCACAGAGCGUUCCAGGAGAGGAAAGAGAUGCCUUCGUUAGGUAAACAAGAGGCUGUGAUUAGCUUUCCUUUCCCUUCUGCAAACAGGAACAAUGGCAGCAGAAUGAUGUCUCUUCCCAUAGAAGUUAUAAAUGGCACAAUCCAUCUGAUAGGUUUGUGAGGUGGCGGCUAAUUGGCCUCCUGAUAGACAAAUGAGCCUUUCUGGAGGAGGAGGAGGAGGAGGAGGAGGAGGAGGAGGUGUCGAAAGCUCAGAGUGAGAUAAGCCCAGGUCCUGUUUCUUCAUUUGCAAGGCAAGGCAGGGGAUUUCACAACAUUCUGCUUUACGGCGCUGCUGGUUACUUUUAAUGAUAGAAAUUGGGUGACAGUCAGUGAGCCUCCAGGCUCCUUUCCCAUAAACCCCGUCCAGGAACCUCGGAGGCUGAGCCUUGCUCCCUUUUCCUUGGAAGCCCGGGACACAGCCCCGUCCCCAGGGAAAGUUUAGGGCUGUGGGGUUUUGCAACCUUCCUGUUUGGAAGGCUGCUGCCAUGCGAAGCCAGCUCAAUGCCCCUCACCCACAUGGGGGUUGAGCCGGGUGUUUCUGAGCUUCUCCCUGGAGGGCAGGGUGUUGGGAUGCCUCUUCGCUGCUGUUGCCAGUUUCCAGUAGUGCUUAGGGCAGGCUAUCGUGUCAUCUUUGUUGAUUGAAUCACCGUAAUUCAUGGUUGUGGUUCACAAGAAAAGGUGGGGUUUUGUGUAUGUGUGUGUGGAGGGGGUGUUGCGUGUCUUAAAGACUCUCCAUGCAGCUACUGAUUUUCCCAUGUUGAAGUGGGGGGGGGGGAAUAUUCUAUUUCAAGUUCAGCCACCAGAUUACUGAAGCCAAGUAGUCUCUCGGAGGAGAGCCAUCGCUUGAUUCAGAGGAAGAGGGAGAUGGGUCGUGGCGCUUUGGAGAGGCCUGGUGCCCUUAACUUUCCCCGUCAAUUUCCUUCCGGCCACGUUCCUCGUUUUUUAAAAAAAUAAAACAUUCUUUAUUUCUGAAGCCAGAGAUCAAAGUGUUUUCCAUAAAUGUCCCCUCUGACGUUCUUUGGCCGUAAAGGAUCUCGAGGAGAUGAGAAGGGAUCGGUCUGAAAAGUUUUGCCUUAAGGAAAUAAUUCUGUCACCUGAGUUUUUGCGACGCCCGGUGAUCCGGAUGCAACGAUGUUUGUCUUCUCACGGUCUACUAGUAAUAAUAAAUACCAACCAUUUCCCCA